AUGGAGCCAAUCCCAGAUGGUAUGGAUUGGGGUUUGUGGGAGCUGCCCACUCCGUACGUCCUCUCAAACCUCAUAACUCUCGGUGCAUCUAAGCUAGACGUGGCCAACGCAAAAGGCUCCGGCCUUGGAAAGUGCGAAUACGAUUUCGCGGAGAAUCAGCCCUGGUGCAGGACCUCGCACAACCUGAGCUUCAUCGACGAGACCCGGGAGCUCGUGAGCAUAUACGACCGGGACUCUGAUCCGGAAACGAACAACGUGCCUACCCCGAUAGAUUGGGGUGGGAGUACGCGGUCAGCCCCUGAACCAUCCUCGGCAACGCUUCCUCCCCCAACGUCGCGUCCAGCUCCUCUUCGGACGAACUCAAACUCGAUCGGUACUCCCGGCAUCAAUGAACUCAGUUCGCCGACAAAGAGGCGAAGGCUUACCGGCGAGCUUGAGUCGCCUUUCCCUUUCAGCGAUGUUUUCCAGGGUUCUCCCGAGCUGAACACCGGCAUCUUGCAACAUUCCCCAAUAGUGCAUGAUUCCCCUGUACUCCAUCAUUCACCUGGGGAAGUAUCGCACCACCGCCGGGUGGAGUCGUACACAUCGACAUCAGCCCGAGGAGGCACCACCGGAAAUCCGCUCGAUACAGCCGACGGCUUUGACGCUCUGAAUCGGACAGCAUCGAUCACGAGUGACUUCGCCACGGGGUUUUCCGCUGUUUCAGAAACGCUAUCGAAGAUCUACCUGGACGCACCGAUAUGGCCACUGCAAGACCGAGAAGAAGCACAACUGAUGCGCUACUUUACUGAAGUUCUUGCCAGAUCAUUUGAUUUAUGUGAUCAAGACAGACACUUUGCUUUAGUAGUGCCGCAGCGAGCCGCGAUAUGCCCGACAUUACUGAACGCAAUUUUCGCCGCCUCUGCGAGACACCUCAGUCGUAUCAGUGAUUUCGAUCCGUUCGUUUCUGAUCGCUAUCAUCAGGAAUGCCUAAAACAUCUGAUCCCAGAGCUGAGUGACACAGCUGCGAUAAUGGACGAGAAUCUGCUAGCAGCUACUAUCAUACUGAGGUUUCUCGAAGAGGUCGAAGCAGUACCAAUAUCCGGUACCGAUACCCAAAGUCACCUUCUCGGGACCCAUAUCUUCAUCAGUGCCCAAGAGAGAUCCACCGUCAUGGGCGGCCUGCGACAAGCCGCCUUCUGGGUCGGCCUCCGGCAGGAGAUCUACAUGGCCUUUGUAAACCAGCGGUCCAUAUUACCGGCGCUCGAGCACUGCAACAUCGACCGCAGCUUCGAUAUGGCCAACGACUGCACAUGGGCAAACCGGAUCGUGGUGCACUGCGCGGAUGUAAUACGCUACUGCUUCGGCGACGGCGAGCACAGCGUCAACACCUACAACCAGCUCUCGGACUACUGUCGAGAUUGGAUGUUGUAUAAACCUGCGUCCUUCUCGCCCAUCUUUUACCGUGAGCCGCUGGACGGGGAGCUUUUCCCGGAGAUGUGGUUCCUCAGCGACGCGGUUGUCACCGGCCUCCAGCAUUACCACCUCGCUAGGAUACUCUUGACGGCGCAUAACCCGAAGAUUCCUCGACUAGGCCCGGGACAGAGGGCCGCGCUCAGGACAAUGGAUGAGGAUAUCAAGCAUGAUGUCCUGGCGCUGUGCGGUAUGGCCGAGUCGAACAGUUUGACGCCGCCGAAUUAUGUUACUGCGUGCAUGGCUAUCGCAAUGGCAGGCGACCGCUUCCAGCUGCGCCAUGAGCAGGAGGCUCUGCUGGGUAUCCUCGUGAAGACGGAGAAGGAGCACGCAUGGCCGACUCAGACGGCGUAA